GGAGGAGGAGGAGGAGGAGGAAGGAGGAGGAGGAUCGGAGCCUGCCGGCGAUCCAGCCGCUCUGGGUACACGGCCAGGAGACACGCCCAGUGCCCCGCAGGAGCAGGAUUCCUCCCCGAGACGAUGAGGAAGAUGAGUGGAUGCUCCCAGAACAACGAGCAGAGCAGCCCAGCGAGCUCUCACCUGUGCCCAGGUGAGCACAAAGAGACGGGCGGGGGCGGCAGCGGCAGCUUCAUCGCCGGAGUCUUCAUCCAGGCCAAGAAGAAGAAGCUGAGCAUCUACGAGGCCAUGGUGAGGGGGCUGCUGAGCCCGGGCACGGCGCUGGUGCUGCUGGAGGCGCAGGCGGCCUCGGGGCUGCUCACGGACCCCGCCAGCGCCGCGCGGCUCUCGGUGAGGGAGGCGCUGGCUCGGGGCCUCGUCGGCCACGACUUCUACGAGAAGCUGCUGUCGGCUGAGGGAGCCGUGACGGGCUACAAGGAGCCCUUCACGGGCCGCAGGAUCUCCCUGUUCCAGGCCAUGAGGCAGGAGCUGAUCGUCAGGGAUCACGCCGUCCGCCUGCUGCAGGCCCAGAUCGCCACGGGCGGCAUCAUCGACCCCGUGCACGGCCACCGCGUCCCCGUGGAGGUGGCCUACAAGCGUGGCUACUUCGACCAGGAGAUGAGGCAGAUCCUCUCUGACCCCGAGAAUCAAACGAGGACUUGCUUCGACCCCAACACCCACGAGAACCUGACCUACCUGCAGCUGCUGCGCCGCUGCGUGCCCGACCCGGACACGGGGCUGCUCAUGCUGCAGCUGAUGGACAAGGGCUCCGUGCUCUACCAGCUGAGCGAGGAUGCCCGCAAAGCCCUGCAGACCGCCCGCACCUCGCUGGCUGUGGGGCUCUUCCAGGGCCAGAGCGUCACCGUCUGGGAGCUCCUCUUCUCCCGCUACGUCCCUGAGCACCAGAGAGAGGAGCUGCUGAGGAAAUACAAGGCGGGGGCAGUGACCAUUGCAGAGAUGAUCGACAUCCUCACUGCCACCAUCACGGGGGCAGAAAGGGACAAUGGGGCUCUGGGCUCCUCCACAGCCAAGCCCGACAACGAGGCGAGGGCGUCACCCCCAGCUCAGGACACACAGGGCCAGGAGCAACAGCUGAGGAAGUCCCUAAAGUCCGCAACGGUCCGUGUCGCUGCCGGGGAGUUCCGGGGGCAAAACGUUUCUGUGCUGGACCUGCUCUUCUCCAGAUACGUCCCUCAGGGCAAGCGGCAGGAGCUGCUGGAGCUGUACAGGGCAGGGAUACUGACCACGGAGCAGGUGGCCGCCGUGGUCACCACCAUCGUGAACCGAACGGAGGCCGCAGACGCCGCGCGGGUGGCGAAGGCCAGGGGCCCACGCAGGGCAGUGGCAGCGGCUGGGGAGGGUGGAGAGGAUUGCUCAGCACGCCUGGAUGAGGCCCUGAGGUCCACCACCAUCACUGUGCCGGCUGGGGAGCUGCAGGGACAGCAGGUGUCCCUGUGGGACCUGAUCUUCUCCGACUACAUCCCCGAGGAGAAGCGGCAGGAGCUGCUGGAGCUGUACCGCGAAAGAUUGUUAACUCUGGAGCAGAUGACAACUGUUGUCAGCACUCUGAUUAGGAAAAAAGAAUCCGCAGGCAGGAAAUUGCACAUUACAGUCAAGAGUUCCAGCAAGGACUCCGUGACAGCUGCAGGAGAGGAGGGUGACCACCCCCCCAAAGAGGAACCCUGGAAAACAACCCUAAAAACCACCAUGGUCCACGUGGAGGCUGCGGAGUUCCAGGGCCACGAGGUCUCGCUGUGGGACCUGCUGCACUCCCACUACAUCCCCGAGGAGAACAGGAAGGAGCUGCUGGAGCUCUACGAGGCAGGUGAGCUGUCCCUGGAGCAGGUGAAGACCGUUGUCACCACCAUUGUCACCAGGAGAGCAGCAGGAGAACCAGCAGAGCCAGCAGAGCCAGCGGCACCUGUGGGUGGUCCCGGGGCAGAGCCGGUGGCCACAGAGGUUGAACCUAGCCCCCUGGAUGGGGAUGGAGCCUGGGAGAAGACCCUGAAGGCCACCAGAGCUGAGGUGUCAGUGGGGGAGUUGCAGGGCAGACAGACCUCCCUGUGGGACCUGCUCUUCUCUGAUUACAUCCCCGAGGAGAAGCGGCAGGAGCUGCUGGAGCUGUACCGUGGGGGGACGCUGGCCUUGGAGAAGUUAAUGCUUGUUGUCACCAGUCUCAUCAAGAAAACAGAAUCUGCAGGCAGGAAAUUCCAAAUUUCAGUCAAGAGUUCCAGCAAGGACCCCAUGACAGCUGCAGGAGAGGAGGGUGACCACCCCCCCAAAGAGGAACCUUGGAAAACAACCCUAAAAACCACCAUGGUCCACGUGGAGGCUGCGGAGUUCCAGGGCCACGAGGUCUCGCUGUGGGACCUGCUGCACUCCCACUACAUCCCCGAGGAGAACAGGAAGGAGCUGCUGGAGCUCUACGAGGCAGGUGAGCUGUCCCUGGAGCAGGUGAAGACCGUUGUCACCACCAUUGUCACCAGGAGAGCAGCAGGAGAGCCAGCAGAGCCAGCAGAGCCAGCGGCACCUGUGGGUGGUCCCGGGGCAGAGCCGGUGGCCACAGAGGCUGAACCCAGCCCCGUGGAUGGGAAUGGAGCCUGGGAGAAGACCCUGAAGGCCACCAGAGCCGAGGUGUCAGUGGGGCAGUUGCAGGGCAGACAGACCUCCCUGUGGGACCUGCUCUUCUCUGAUUACAUCCCCGAGGAGAAGCGGCAGGAGCUGCUGGAGCUGUACCGCGGGGGGACGCUGGCCUUGGAGAAGUUAAUGCUUGUUGUCACCACUCUCAUCAAGAAAACAGAAUCUGCAGGCAGGAAAUUCCAAAUUUCAGUCAAGAGUUCCAGCAAGGACGCCGUGACAGCAGCAGGAGAAGAGGGUGACCACCCCCACAAAGAGGAAUCUUGGAAAACAACCCUAAAAACCACCAUGGUCCACGUGGAGGCUGCAGAGUUCCAGGGCCACGAGGUCUCGCUGUGGGACCUGCUGCACUCUCACUACAUCCCCGAGGAGAACAGGAAGGAGCUGCUGGAGCUCUACGAGGCAGGUGAGCUGUCCCUGGAGCAGGUGAAGACCGUUGUCACCACCAUUGUCACCAGGAGAGCAUCAGGAGAACCAGCAGAGCCAGCAGAGCCAGCGGCACCUGUGGGUGGUCCCGGGGCAGAGCCGGUGGCCACAGAGGCUGAACCCAGCCCCGUGGAUGGGAAUGGAGCCUGGGAGGAGACCCUGAAGGCCACCAGAGCCGAGGUGUCAGUGGGGGAGUUGCAGGGCAGACAGACCUCCCUGUGGGACCUGCUCUUCUCUAAUUACAUCCCCGAGGAGAAGCGGCAGGAGCUGCUGGAGCUGUACCGCGGGGGGACGCUGCCCAUCCAGGAGCUGCUCAGCGCCACCAGCAGCCUGGCCAGCGACAGCCUGCAGCAGCACUUGAGGGCCCUCCCCGCGCACACCAUGGAUCUGCUGCGCUCCGAGGGCUCCUACAUCACCUUCGACCCGUCCCAGGAGCGCAGGGUGUCCGUGUGGGAGCUCCUCUCCUCCAAGCAGGUCUCCGAGUACAAGCGGGAGGCGUGUCUCGACACCUACCCCUCGGGAGGGCUGACGGUGAACCGAAUCACCGUCACCACCACCAUCACCACCGGCCCCCGGCUGGAGAAGAGCCGCCCCCGGCACCACUGAGCGCCACCCCGGCACGGCGGGGUCCCGGGGCGCCCUGGGACUUUGCUCCUGACGCCCCUCCGCGUGUCCCCGCGGUGACAAACCCGCGUGUGGGGCCGGCUGGGCUCGGGUAAACUCCUGCUCUCUCACCCCUGGCUGCGCUGAUUUCUUUCGCCCGGCAGAGCUUUCCCCGAGGGGCUCGGGGUAUCGGAGUAAAAUCCCAAUAUUGCCGGGUGGAGCGUGCCUGGGCUCGUCCGGCCCCUGCUCUGGACCAAAGGUGGCACCUGUGGUGUUUCACCUCAGAGACACCUUUGGCUGGCUGGAGGCUGCAGUUGGGCACUGGGAGUGAGUCCAGGCAUGGCAGACACUCAGUUUACCUCUGGUGGAAAGGGUUCAGGUGAUGGUGAAGAGGAAAGAGAGCAGAUUCCACCGGAGGGUUAAAUCCAGAGUUUAUUCCAGGGUGACAGAGCUCUGGAUCUCGGUAACAGCUCCAACAGAAUCC